AUUAAAUGUUUCACCAAAAAGCGGUUUUAACCAUUGGAGUAAAAUUUAAUUACAGAUUUUUAUAAUCUUUAUUCCAUAAAAUAUUGGGUUCCAGGCAAUUCGUGGAUGAGUUUUUGGACGCUACGAUAAUGCAUACGCAAACUUUGAUUUCAACAUUGUUUUGGAUUGCAGUGUUUGGUUUUACAAGCAUUGUGUCGGAUGACUUACAAAGAUCGGAACUCGUUAACAAAUUAAACAUGUUGGUUCAUCAUUCGGGAUGGCGGUUUAUGGAAGACGUUAAAAUCAUAAAACUUAUAAAUCACUGCACAAUAACAACGGACCCUAUGUCCGAAAUACUAGGAGCCGUAUGGGAGAACCGGAAACCGGUCGACGAAUCCAACGUCCUGGAAAGAUAUACGGAGAUCUGGACUGUGCUCAGAUGUAAGUACGCGGAGGUUAUUAUCAAGUACAAGAUAUUCUUACAACAUUUAAUACGGGUUUGUCGAAAUGAAAAAAAAAAGAUAAGUCGUCAAACGACCAACAGUUCCCUUCAAAGAUAUUACCAUUGUUUUGAUUCGGUGCUGACCAAACUCGAAAACGUGUCGCCGAGUCUCAGAAACCUGACGGACGCGAUGGACUUGAUUAACUCGCUAGAUCCGCAAUUCAAACCUAGGCAAAGUAUAAAUGUCGCUUAUGAUAAAUUGGCCGAGUUUACUAAAACUAUACGGCGAGAUACGGUUUCUAAAUUGAAUCGACAAGGUAUCCACGAGAAUUUAGUCGAUCUCGAACUAAGAUCCAUUACCGAACAUAUUAGAGAAGUGUUUCACAAUAGUGUAAAUACGUUCGUCGCUCGUUAUUGUGUCAUGCCGUUACACAAAGAAUGGACAGCCGAUAAUUUAAAUAGGGACUAUGAGUACAAAAAGAUAAUCCAGAGGCUACCGCAGCAGGCGACUUUGUUGGAAUAUGUAAUGAACGAAGUCGAUUGGUAUGCUGGUGACAUCUUAGGCAGUUGGUUCAUCAAUUUGGGCUUUGCAUACGACGACAUGAGAAAUGUUACUAUCGUAAAUAAUUCAAGUACGAUUAGCGACGUGGCACCGAUUGACAGUGUAGAUUAACUCAACAUAAUAUAGUAUUCAUUCAUCUUAAGUGUAUAGUUUUGUUUAAUUGAUAACAACUUGAUAUUAAUCAAAACGUGUCAACGUGGUAUUUUAUUGUACAUUCUUAUACAUGUACAUGUAGAUUAAAAUAAUUUAAGUAAACACAAAAAACACUUUAAGAAAACCGUUGUUACAGAAUUUUGGGAAAUAAUAAUUAUAAACAUGAUAGAUUUUUGCUUUUCUGAAAUAAUAUCUGAAAAUAUGUAUUUAA